UUAGUUCAUUACACAUUUGUUCUUAGGAAAGUGAACGUCACCUAGUCAGAAAAAUCCACGCCUGACAUGAAAUCAAAAUGUUCGCGCAAACGCAAGUGAUUGCUACAAUAACAUUUAUCAUCAUUUCAAAAGUGAUAACAGAUAAAUGUGAACGAACGAAAAUAGGAAACGAAUACUACAAGCGAAAUUUAAUCGCGACAAUCGAUGGAUAUCCAACCGGAAUAGCCGUGGACCCGCGAACGGAGCACAUAUUCUUCGUUCUCCAUAAGAAAAAUUACACCAAAGGCAUAUACCUUUUGAAACACGGAUCGUUAGGGAUCAAGGAACUGCCCGUCUCUGAUGAUAUCAUCGGGCAAUGUGUUGGCAUAGAUGCCGUAAACAAUGUUAUUUAUAUAGGAACAAAUCAAGGAUUAAUCACAUAUGAUUAUUCACAUUCAGAAAUAACAGCAGAGAGACCAAUAGGAGACGAUGACAUCCGAAGCAUAUUCAUUGACAGAACUGACAAUCGAAUGUACAUAACAACUGGUACGAAUCACGAAAUAUUUCGCUUUGUAAACGGUUCAGCGGCUAUAAAGCGCUACGACAAAAUACCGAAAGCGUACAAUUUCAUAUUAGACUCGAAAGGGAAUGCUUUUUACGAAUACGUCGACGGUAAAUUAUACUUUUUUUCAAUUGAUCUAUACGAACCUAUACAGUAUAAAGGUUUUACUAGACAAUUGAAAUAUGUUUUACGUCUGAGUGUUAACGAUGAAGCAAUUGUAGCUGUGAAAGGUUCCUUAUUCAGAUUAUCGACAUCUAGCAUCUUGCCAGUUAAAAUAGGUCAACUUGGUUUCAAAAUUACUGGUAUGGCGUUCGAUAAUAGAAACAGUAUAAUUAUCGGUACUAAAGGCAAGAUUUAUAGAUACAAACCGAUUGAUACGAACGAUCCUUGUCCACCCGACGACUACUUCAUGAGCGGCAUCUGAUAUGGGAAUUUUGAAAUAAAUGAAUUUAGAUAAAUGUAAAAAUAAAAAUAAAAUUUAUUGAAUGAA